UCUUUUCCGAGCUUCAUCGUUGGCCAUACCGUUGGAAGCAGAAAUAGAGAAUCAGCAAUGCCGAGCAAGAAGAGGAAGAGAGUUGCGGAGAGGGGCACCAUUCAUCCCCGGAAUAAAUACUCCGAGAAGCCGCCGGAUUUUGGAGCUUUGGCCUCCCUUUAUCCGAGUUUUGAGCCUUACGUCUUCUAUUCCUCCAAAGAUGGUCGUCCCAGAAUCGACUGGACUGAUUACAAUGCCACCCGGGAGCUCACUAGGGUAUUACUCCUCCAUGAUCAUGGCCUCAACUGGUGGAUUCCUGAUGGUCAGCUUUGUCCCACGGUUCCUAAUAGAUCCAAUUAUAUACACUGGAUAGAAGAUCUUUUGGCAUCAGACAUCAUCCUAAAUACUCGAAUAGAUGAUAAUGUCGUAAAGGGUUUUGAUAUAGGAACUGGGGCUAACUGCAUUUACCCCCUUCUUGGUGCAUCUUUACUUGGUUGGAGAUUCGUUGGUUCUGAUAUAACUGAUGUUGCUUUGGAGUGGGCAGAGAGAAAUGUCAGAAGUAACCCACAUAUCUCUGAGUUGAUCGAGAUUAGAAAGGUUCAUACUAGGGAGAAGAAUCCCGAGGAGGAAGAUGUGCAUGCUGAACAAGGUCCAGAUAGCGAUGACUCUGGGGGGUCUAGCAACAGGGGGGUUGCUGAAAUAGGGCCUUCAUGCUUACCUUCUGCCAAGCUACAGUCUAGUGCUCAGAAGAAGUACCAAGCUCCUCCCAUACUUUUAGGAGUUGUUAAAGAUGAGGAGAAAUUUGACUUCUGCAUGUGUAAUCCUCCGUUUUUUGAGACUAUGGAGGAAGCGGGACUUAAUCCAAAGACUGCAUGUGGUGGGACUAAAGAGGAAAUGGUUUGUCCUGGUGGAGAACAAGCAUUUAUCGCUCGUAUUAUCGAAGAUAGUGUUCAAUUAAAGCAAUGCUUUAGGUGGUACACCUCGAUGAUUGGAAGGAAAUCAAAUCUGAAAUUCCUUAUAGCAAAGCUCCGGGAAGUUGGCGUCACUGUGGUGAAGACCACAGAAUUUGUACAGGGCCAAACUUGUCGAUGGGGACUUGCUUGGUCGUUUGUGCCUCCUUCUGGGAAGAUUUUGUCAUCCCAGGUUUCUGAGAGCAAUAACAAGUCUUUCAUGCUUGAGGGUGUCCAGCGCCAAUACAGUGCAUUUCACGUGUUGCAAUCAGCCGAGUCCUUUUUCUGCAGUUCUGGCACUUCUUGCAAACUAGAUUCCAUCCAGUUUAAGAUUGAUGUUAUUGCUUCAAAAGAUCAAUGUGAAUCAAUGCUUACGUCCGAGACAGAACCGUAUGGUGCCUUAAGCUAUCAGCACAAUUUGGAAAUGCCGGAUGUUUCAAAUCAAUUGGAUUCUCAAUCAAUUGACCUGCAUUUCAGUAUUUCGGUAAUCAUUCUAGCAUUAAAUUCGUAGCAGAUUUUUCUGGGAUCAUUGGAUCUGGAAUUUGUUGUAUAAGCCAUUCCUUUUCUCUAGGUAUUUCAGCAAAUCCCGGGUACACUUCUGGUGAAAGGUACAUUGCAGCAGAAAGGAAAUCCUAAUGCAGGAGCAUUUUCACUGGUUUUCUCAAAACUAGAAGCUGUUCUGAAAGCUAAAUUUUGUAAACCAAAGCCAAUUGCAGAACUCUCACGCUCCAAACAGCAGAGAUGAUGUGCAAGGCCUUAUCUAGCACUGCAGAAGUUAUAAGAUAUCAAGCAGCUGCAGUGCUUUUUCUUUUUUUCUUUUCUUCUGUACUUAAUAAUUACAGGUAGAGAGAUGAGGAUAGGAAGCAUAAGUCAUAAGUAAAAGGAAAUCCCAGAUUUUUGUAUGUGUUUCAGCUAAAGUUCAAUGAGCAACAAGUUUAUUCUAGGGUGAAUUGAGCUUGUUAUGGUAGAAUUUUAUUUUUAUUUUCCAAAUGGAACGACAAAUGGCUGGUUAAAACUUACUCACUUAUGAUGUUAGAACUUGAAUUUCCA